GAGUAUUGGACGAUAAAGUCUUUGGCGUACACAAAGAACUCUUCAUCUUGACAGAGAAUGUGAUUGAUCUGUUAGAAAUGCAGAAGAUUGGCCAAGGAGUGAUAGCAGCAUACAUGGCCCACCUACAUGAAGUUGUUACUGAAAGAGAAGAGUUUGAUAAUUUUGCCUUUCUUGAUCCGGCUGCUACAUAUAACUGUGAGAGAUCAGAUUUUGGUUCCUAUUUAGUGAACCGGUUGAAAGAGGGCAAGACUGAUCGCAUAUUCUUUAUGCCCUACAAUCCAGGGGAACAUUGGAUAUUGACAAUCAUAUGGGAGGAUGAUAUCUACAUCUUGGACCCUUUGGGAAAAUCAGUCCAUUACCAAGCAUGGGAGAACUCGGUGAUAAAUGCGGUUAAAAGUUUCAAUGCUGAAACGGAUAGGGCUAACAAGGUGCCGAAAUUGAAACUACUUCCGUGGGCAGCAAAGACUCGGAAAGGCUACACCCAACAGCAACUUGACGAGGUGCGCAUUGAGGUGGCUGACUAUUUGCAGACUUUGCUAUAGAUGUUGACUAGCAAAGUGAUUUUGAGUAAGGCUAGCUAGAUUUUUUGUGAACUAUUUUGGAGUAGUUGUACUGUUGCAGCAAAUG